AUUCAGUUUUAAUUAAAUAUUUCAAGACAUAAAGUCAGAGUUAAAAGCAAAAUGCUGCAUUAUAAAAUAAUUUUAGUGUGUUGUGGACUGUUUGCAAUUUUAAAGCUUAAUAAUGGUGAAGUUUUCAGCAGUAGUAACACUUAUAACUCCUCAUUUCGCAGUGAUGAUUAUAUAAGCAUUAAUAAAAGACAAUAUGAGAGAACCAUUAAGCAAUUUGAUCAUCAAAUGGAAAUAUUCAAACAACUGUUUAAUGGACGCCUCAAUACACUCGACACUCAAUUGGAAAUGUUAAUAGAUAGUUUGAAAAUCAAUGAUGAACUCCUUAAUCCCAUGGAAAUUUUAAGUGAUUUUAGUAAACAUUGUGUAACCAAAUAUCGUCCUAGAAUACCCACAAUUGAAGCCACCAAAACAUCAAUGCAAGCUUGCGUUACAACGGCCAAAAAUCAAUUAACCAAUUUGUUGAAUCCACCACUAACAACUAGAAAUAAUUUACAAAAUUAUUAUAGAAAUAAUUUUGAGAAGGAAAUUAAAAAUUGUGCCACAAAACAUGCCAAUAUGUUGACCUUUAAUUAUACCAAUUGUUUAACGGGUUUGAUUUCAUCGGUCAAUGUUGUUACUCUCAGUAAUCAGAAAACCUUUAAUACACAAAUCGAGUCCGCUCAAUGUAGCGCUAACACUUACAUAAAAAAGGCCAUAGAUUGUAGUUUUUUGGCUCAAAAUCGUACUUUAUCUUUGGUAGCCGAGGCCAAUACUUUGAUCAAUAAAUGUUUGGAGAAUUUAAAUAAUAGUGAAGAUUUUUGUUCAGAUGUUUUCUAUAUGCGUCAAGCUCAUGUUGAUCACAAGAAUUUCUCGAUGACAAAUCCAUUUUAUGGCCGCAAUGAGACGAUUAAUUGCUUAUUAAUAAAAUUAUAUUAGAUUAGCGUUAAGUCAGAUAAGUAAGUCUGUUUGUAUUAAGAUUAAAUAAUAAUAGAUUAUGUGUAUACUAAGUAUAUUGUAAUUUAUUUAUUACUAGUCAUUGCAGUGUUCUUUUUUGUUUGUUUUUGGACUUGCGGU